GACAAGAAACAAAAGGAAUAUGAAUUUAAUGCAAGACACCACCCAAAUGCAGUUGUAUUGCUAAAAAAUGUUUCGAAGUCGAAGCUGGUUUGGUGGAGGGCUGUGGAAGCCCAAGAAUCCUCAUUCUUUAGAACAUCUUAAAUAUUUAUACCAUGUUCUUUCAAAAAAUCAAACAGUAUCUGAAAAUAAUAGAGGCUUAUUGGUAGAAACUCUUCGUUCUAUAGCUGAAAUUUUAAUAUGGGGUGAUCAAAAUGAUAGCAGUGUAUUUGAUUUCUUUCUGGAAAAAAACAUGCUUUCAUUUUUUCUACGUAUAAUGAAGCAAAAAUGUGGAAGCUAUGUAUGUGUUCAAUUAUUACAAACUUUAAACAUUUUAUUUGAAAAUAUACGUAAUGAAACAUCUUUAUAUUAUUUACUAAGUAAUAAUCAUGUAAACAGUAUAAUAGUGCACAAAUUUGACUUCAGUGAUGAAGAAGUGAUGGCAUAUUAUAUCAGUUUUUUAAAGACUUUAAGCUUGAAGUUAAAUGCGCAUACCAUACAUUUUUUUUAUAACGAGGUAAACGAGCACACAAAUGAUUUUCCAUUAUAUACAGAAGCAAUCAAAUUUUUUAAUCACUCAGAAGGAAUGGUUCGUAUAGCAGUGCGAACUUUAACAUUAAAUGUAUAUCGAGUAGAAGAUGCUUCUAUGUUAGCAUUUAUAAGAGAUCGCACUGCUGCUCCCUAUUUCAGCAAUCUUGUAUGGUUUAUUGGUAAUCAUAUUAUAGAACUUGAUACUUGUGUUAGAAAUGAUGCUGAUCAUCAAAGCCAAAAUAGAUUAUCAGAUUUAGUAGCAGAACAUUUGGAUCACUUGCAUUAUUUAAAUGACAUUCUUUGUUUAAAUAUAUCUGAUUUAAAUAAAGUUUUAUCAGAACAUUUGCUUCAUAAAUUAUUAGUUCCAUUAUAUGUUUACUCACUUAUGAAAUACAAAAAUCUUCUGUGCCAAAAUCAGGAAGAAAGAAAACAUGUGAGCAUUGUUGUAGCUUUGUUUUUACUCUCUCAAGUAUUUCUAAUAGUUUCUCAUGGUCCUCUUGUACAUACAUUAGCAGCAGUAAUGCUAUUAUCAGAUUUAGAAACAAUACAAACAGGUGCAAGUAAAGUACUUGAAAUGUAUGGUAAUAUUUCAUCAGAUAAGCCAAUUGCUUUUUCACCACCAAAAGAAAGUUUGGAAAAAUCUUUAGAAAAUUUAAGUGAAUCAUUAACAAUAUCAGAUGAACUUUGUGAAGAUGAAAAUAAUUUAGAAAGAAAAGAUAGUGAGAAUGGAAGUGAAGAAGUUUUAGAAAUAAAUCAUGCCAGUACAUCAUUUGAUACUGCUUCAUCAGGAGAUAUGCCUAUACUUAUGAGCCCAGAACAACAAGAAAUAAGCAUUCCAACUGAAGAUUUAGAAGAAAUCAAACACUUAAAUGUUACUGAUGAAGAAAAAGAACAAAGAUUAGCAUUAGAAAGUCCUUUAACACCUCAUGCUCAAAAAAAUGUAACUGAAUCAUUAUCAAAUAAGCCAUUUUUAGAAACUAUUUUAAAUUCUUUAUUUUGUACAGAAAAUGAUUAUGCCGCUCUAUUUGCAUUAUGUUUAUUAUAUGCUCUAGCUAACAAUCAAGGCAUAGAUCGUAAAACUUUGGAUCCAAUUUUAUGCAAUUCACAAAAUUCAACGACGAAUUCAUAUAAUGAAAUUUUAAUAGAUAGACUGAUUCAUAUCAUAACAUUAAGUUGUCAAACAAAUGCAAGAGUGAGACUUGUUACUCUAGAAUUGACAAUUAAAUUACUAAUACAAUUAGUAAUGUCAGAAGGACAAAGCAUGUUAAAAGAUUCACAUUUGGCAGCAAUUCAAGCAGCCAAAGAACAAAGUACAUCAUUAUUAAAAAAUUUUUAUAAGAGUGAAGAUAUAUUUCUAGAUAUGUUUGAAGAUGAAUAUAGUGAAAUUCAAAAACGACCUUUGAAUGUCGAAUGGUUAAUGAUGGAUAGUAAUAUUUUAUUACCACCAACAGGAACUCCAAUGACGGGUAUCGAAUUUACUAAAAGAUUACCAUGUGGAGAUGUUGAAAGAGCAAGACGCGCUAUAAGAGUAUUCUUUUUAAUAAGAGAUUUAUCAUUGACUCUUAAUAUGGAAGCAGAAACACAAUUGCCAUUAACGAAUCCAGCUAAUUGUAUUCAAGUUGAUAAUGUUCUUGAUCUAAGUAAAAAUAAUAGCGACUUAAUCGCAUGUACAGUUGUAUGGAAAGAUGGCCAGAAAAUUCGUCGUUUUCUCGUCAUCGAUGUAGUACAAUUAAUUCUCGUUGAACCUGAUACUAGUAAACUCGGUUGGGGUGUAGCAAAAUUGGUAGGAUUUCUGCAAGAUAUCGAAGUCGCAGGUGACAAAGAUGAUUCUAGAUGUUUACACUUAACAAUUUAUAAACCUUUAAGUAGUAGUACUGGCAAUCGUGUUCCACUAUUAUCAACAAAAUUCAUUUUCGAUGAUCAUAUAAGAUGUAUGGCCGCGAAACAAAGGCUAACAAAAGGACGAAUAAAAGCAAGACAAAAGAAAAUGACUCAAAUUGCAAGAUUGCUGGACAUUCCUACAAGCAUACCGCACGCUACAACACCACCAAAUUAUGCACUACGUGGUUUUCGACAUGAACUGUAAUUUUCAGGAUUAAUAGGACGUGGUUCAAGAUCGAAAGAUCAUCAACCGCGUCCAAUGUUCACAGUAAAUAAAGUUCCUGGAUUUGCAGCACAAAUGCGUAGAGAAAAUAUUACCAGACCUACUCCCGGUCUUUCAUCGUCAACUUCAAAACGCAGCGAUACUGUUUCAAAUGAAAAAAGUCACGAAAAUGGUUUACGAUCUAGAGAUAAUUCACCAAAAAUGCCAAGACCACGAAGUGAAGAAAUUCCUUUAGAAGAUAUGCGGCUUCGAAAAGCAUCUUUAACUUCUAAUGGAAUAAAUAUAUCACAUAUAUGCCAAGAAAAAAAAGAUGGUCAAAUUUCUGCUUGUUCUACUAAUGGUGAGUCAUCAACUGUGAUUAGAAAACAUUCUGAAGAAACAUCAUUCACCUGUCCACAAGAAGUGAAACCACGAAGAAAAGGUCAAGUGGAAACAAUAUGAUUGGAAACAAAAAUAAAUUUAAAAAAAAAGCACGAAAUUUUUUUUUAUUAAAUAUUUUAAGAAAAAAAAAAUAAAAAUGUAAAUGCAGUAUUAAAUUAAGAAAAAAUGUUUGAUUAAUAUAAUAAAAAAUUUUACUAUAAUUAAAAAUUUUAAAUAUCUUGUAUUUCGUAAAUAUGUUUCAUUUUUCUUUUCUAUAAGGAAAAUAAUAUUUUAAAAUUAAUUUUAUAAAAAAAAAGUGAUAUAUAUUUAGUAAAAAGUCAAUAUAUAGGUGAAAUUAGUUUUCUUCAGUUUUAUGCUAUGUAACAUAAAUAUUUUGUACAUACAUUAUAUCUACAUGCUUAUACAUAAAAUGUAUGUUUUUGUUAUUUAAAUAUUAUAAUUAUUCAUCAGAUAAUAUUCAACAAUUAUGCAACAAAAAUCAUAUAUUUAAUUUGUGUAUAUAUUAUUGUUGGAAAUUUCUAUAACAUAAAAUAAACACCAAUAAUGAAAUAAA